AUGGCCACCUACAUUGCAUCCUUCGGCAAGCAUGUGGUCAUUGAGAAGGUGCAUCUGCAGGAUGUCGACGUGAUUUGGGAGCGUGGCUUCUUUGCCUCCAACCUCCUGGAUCUGCAGAACCUAGGUACCGACGAGGGCGCUGGUGGCAGCAGCCCUGCAACUGACGGUGCGGAGGACUCCGGAGUGACGACGACACUGCGGAAUGUGGAAGUUGAAGACGUCACGUUGAAGUUUGCCUCAUACUUGCUGGCGGGCUGUGGGCCGCGUGCUAUGGCGCCAGACAUCCAUUACGACAACUUCGAGGAAGCGAUGGAGGCAUCUGCUACGACCUCGUCGUUGAUUCCCAUGCUUAUCCUGACCUUAGUGGAGAGCGUGCUUGCAAGUCUGCUGGGCAGGCAAGCAACGCAGACGAUCUUGUCUGCGACUUCUGGAUUGGUCCGGUUCAUCAUGGACGCGAUCUGCCACUUAGCAGCGCUGUUGGCCUAUUGCUUGGAAAAUGUCUUCUGCCGCUGCUGCCGCGGCCGAGAGCCUUCCGCCAUCCGCGAAAGAAAGAGCUCCGCGAAACUGGAGGACAAGCGAGCGCAAAGCCAGGCAGCAGAGCGCCACCGGCUCUUUGCAUGCUUCUCAGGCUGCUUACCCGGUCAAUCCUUGCUGCACCGCGGCCGCUGA